AAGAUGUCGUGAUAUAUAUAGUACAAAAGUGGUAAAUCAUCGAGUUGGCAAGUCUUGCCGCAAAGUGCACGACAGCGAUAUCCCUAGGCCUCAUAGUCCCUGCACGCGAUAUUGAAGGCGAGCCAAGGUAUGUAUACACUUCCAUUGUGCCCAAUUCGCUUCUUGGCCCAUUGCCUCAGCGUCGGCACUACCGCUUAAGUUGCGGUACCUGUCUUAUAAUGGCAAAUGCAUCACUACCCAGCACAACGGUUGUUCCCCAUCGUGCGUUUACCCCAUCAUGUCUCUCUCGACUCAUCUUGACAUUCCACGUGAUGGACAAGCGUCCGUUAGCCGUCCCAUCCGCUCAGCUGCACCGCCUCCUCGCUUGUUACACUCGCUUGGAGAUGCCAACAAAUCUGUCCUCAGUUUAAUGGCAAAUGCCCACCAUAUCUUUACUGGUGGCCAAGGGCAAGAUAUUGCGGUCUGGGACAGACACACAUUUACACUCAAGACCUCCCUUCGCGGUCAUACCGGAAGCAUACUGGCCCUUGAGCUUGCGGAGGAGAAAGGCUGGCUUUUCAGCGCUUCAGGUAGUCAGGUAUGGUCCACAGUGACAUUUCUACCAGUCUACAUCCUGAAUCCAUACCUUGAAACGGGAGCAGGCGAUCUAUUUUCUCUCGCCUGGAACCCCGCAAUGCAGAUCAUCUACAUUGGUUGUCAGAACACUUCACUUCAAUGGCAAGGGUUCUGUAAGUUUCAGCUUGACCGACGCGCGGAAGAACAAUGCGGCUCAGGCACAUCAACUCCAACUCGUAAAGUUCACAAAUUCUUCGAUAAUCUUCAAGCCAACAACUUCAGCAUGUCUCCAUCAGCCAGUCAGGGUGCAUUAGUUGGGACUAACUCUUUGAUAAACAUCUCAGCAACAAAUGUCAUCGACUCUGCUCAUUUUGGCUACAUAUAUUGCAUGGCUCUUUUGCCUUCGACAAGGGAAGGCACAGGACACCUUGCACAAAAGCCGGGGCAGAACUAUUAUCUCGUCACUGGAAGCGGGGACGAAACCGUCAAGAUUUGGUGCUGCAAUCCAUCUGGUCUCAAUAUGAUGCACUCUUUCGAUUGUCAGCAUGGUGCCGUACUUUCGGUUGUCGCUUCUGGGGAGACGAUAUACGCUGGAUGCCAAGAUGGGCACGUGAAGGUACUUGACUUCGAAACACUGACUAUUGUUAGAUCAAUCAUCGUCCAAGAAAAUGUCGACGUCCUUUCGCUAUCGAUCAUGCAGUCUGAUCUUUACACAUGCUCUGCCAAUGGUCACAUUCACAGAUGGUCGUCUUCGUUUGAUUGCACAGCGUCGUGGCAAGCUCACGACGGUAUUGUGCUCUCCUCUGUUGUCUCCUGUUCUUCUGAUCGCAAGUCGUUCUGUCUCAUUACUGGGGCGAAUGAUGGUUUCGUUAAGGUUUGGGCAAUCGUUCCAAAAGCCGAGGACAAUCUUUCCCAGUUGCGCGAGGUUAGCGCCUUGAUAUCUGAUUCGGAUGUUACCCAAGGAGAUACAAUGACGUAUGCACUCUCCAAGUUCGUGUCAAUACCGAGUGUAAGCAGCGAUCCGAGCCACAGGGAAGACUGUCGUCAAGCUGCAAUUUGGCUGAAGAAGGGCUUGAACCAGCUAGGUGCUCAGUCGGCGCUGUUACCUACACAUGAAGCCGGAAGUCCCCUUGUUCUAGGGACUUUUCAUGGGACUCAAGGGAAACAUCCAAAGCCAAGAAUACUAUUUUAUGGGUACUACAACUGUUUCAUAGGACUUAUCUCCCCUCAUGAUUUAAACAACAGGCACUACGAUGUUAUUUCUGCUCCUCCAAAAGGGUGGGAUACUGAUCCCUUCAUUGUGUCAGGCCGUAACGGUUAUCUGUAUGGACGAGGGGUGACGGAUAAUAAGGGCCCUAUCAUGGCUGUAGCUUGCGCCGCUGCAGAACUUCUCCAAAACCGCGCUCUUGGCGUUGAUCUUGUUUUCCUUAUCGAGGGUGAGGAAGAGACUGGGAGUACCGGAUUUGUUGAUGCAAUAAAAGAACACAAACACCUGAUCGGCAACAUAGAUGCUAUUUUACUCAGCAACUCGACCUGGAUUUCUGAACAUCAUCCUUGUAUCACGUAUGGUCUCCGCGGUGUCGUACACUCAACAGUAGAGAUAGCGAGUGGUGUACCGGACUUGCACUCUGGUGUCGAAGGAGGUGUUGCCCCGGAGCCAAUGUUUGAUAUGAUUCGCCUUCUUGCAACUUUAAUGUGUGGUGAAGGAAAGGUAGCUAUACCGGAUUUUUACGACUGUGUUCGUCAUCAGACAGAGGCCGAAAAGCAAUUGUACGAUGUUUUGUCCAAUGUAACUCAAAAGCCUGCCUCUGUGCUAUCUUCGCGGUGGAGUGAGCCAUCUUUGACUGUACAUAAUAUAGACGUGUCUGGACCUAGGAACUCGACUGUAAUCCCGGGAAAGGUCACUGCAAAGGUGUCCCUUCGCAUUGUUCCAGAUCAGGAUUUGCAAACCAUCGCUCAGUCUUUGGUUAAUCACCUCAGAGGGUCCUUCGACAAGUUCGGGUCACCUAACCAGCUUUCUGUGAGCAUUGACCGCACGGCUGAUUGGUGGCUCGGCAAUUUGGAUGGCCCCUGGUUCAAAGCACUCAAGGCUGCUGUGCACGAUGAGUGGAAUGUAGAACCAUUACUCAUCCGAGAGGGUGGCUCCGUCCCAUCGAUUCCUUAUCUAGAGAAGGAAUUCGGCUGCCCAGCACUUCACCUCCCGCUAGGACAAAGCACCGACCAAGCUCAUUUGCCUAAUGAGCGCAUUUCCCUGAAUAAUUUAUCGAAGGGAAAGUCGGUCAUAAAGCGUUUCCUAUCAAUAGCUACAAAUCUUCAUUCCCCGACUGAGUGACAGAUACUUGGUCUUGAUAUGCACACAGGUAAUUACCGCUCUGCUUGCAACCACAUACCGAAAUAAGAGUUAGUGUACAACUUGCUGAACCUCGUAAGAACAACUCGCAUACAUUCAUAUCGGUCAUUCACUUGACCACUAGUUAUUCAACUGAGUUGUGCGUGUUAGAGUUUGGUAUUUCACCCCUCGUCAUCGUUCGUUGUUCGGAUAGUCCCGACUACGU